AUGCUGGCCUCCGCUCAAUCCGUCCAGCCCUCGAAUGCCACACUGCCGACAUCAGAGAGCGGCUCAGAGACGGUAUUGAGCUUGACAGGAGGCCCGAUCUUCACUGGCCAGACGUAUAAUAUUGCUCCUUUGACCGCGGAAGUUGGCAAGGGACAGACUCCGACUGCCGUUGCUAACGUCAAAAUAUCGGGAACAUUCAAGCAAGCCGAUUACAGCUCGACAGGAGGUGUUGAUGGAUCAGAUAUUGCCUUCAUAAGUUGCGAUCCAAAUGGUUCAAAUAUCGACCCUUCGACAGUGGUUGGCACAGUAGGAGACCAAAAGCCAGGAGCAAUCGUGCUGUACAGUCUUGGUGCAGAAGAAUGCACUCUCAAUGGGUCUUACUCAUUCACGUCGAUCUUCACCAUGAUCUCGUCGAAAGAUUCCAACACAUUGAUGACCACUGUUGGAUUAUACCCGUCACAGACGAGUAUCCUGACUGCGAAUAUUAGUGUUAAUUCUACAACCACAAGUCAAAGCAGUUCGUCAUCAUCAUCUGCGAAUGAAGGAGGUCCAGCACCGACUACAGCUGUUGCAAUGAGUAUCCUGUACAGUAUUACGGGUAUCAUUACACUUCUGUUCCUGGUCAUCAUUGCCACUGGUGCUGUUCGAGCUCAUCGCCAUCCAGAAAGAUAUGGUCCACGUACCGGAUUUCCCGGUAGACCUAGACAGAGUCGUGCCAAGGGACUUGCUCGAGCUAUGUUGGAGACACUACCGAUCGUCAAGUUUGGUGACCCAGAGCCGGUCAAGCCAGGAACAAACGAUAUCGAAAUGGGAGGAGAUCAAACCACCACUACAACCACUACACACACCGCUCCUGAGGUUGUAGCAACAUCCGGUAAUACUGAACGUGCCAAGUCUCCCACUACGGUAGCUACUGCUGUCGAGUCUGGCAUGGGACCUGCCCAAGCCGAAUCAGUGAAAAGCGGGGAAGAAAAUGCUGCACCAAAGGAGGGCGAAUUGGGAUGUUCUAUCUGCACUGAGGAUUUCACCACUGGAGAGGAUGUCAGAGUCUUGCCGUGUAACCACAAGUACCACCCUGCUUGCAUCGACCCGUGGCUGCUGAACGUGUCUGGCACUUGUCCACUCUGUCGUCAUGACCUCCGUCCUGCCACUUCAGCUACAGCCGAAAACGAAACCGAGACUGCCGGUGACAAUGCCGAAGGAGCCGAAGGAGGAGAACUUCCACCACCUUUGGCCAUCGAUGGUGAGACCACUACUGCCGAGAACGAGAGUACCCACCAACGAAGCCGAGCCUCACGUCUCCUCGAUCCGAAUCGUCUUCGUCACGCACCAGCCGAUGAACGUAUUGCUGCACUUCGACGUCUGAGAGAACAAUCUCAAACCGAAGGUGAAGGGGAGCACGCAGACAGCGAAGAGCCAAGCAGGAGAGCAAGGUUGACGGGCAGAUUGAGAGACGCGUUCCGAAUCAAAACUCGAACUCAAGAUACUCCUCAAUGA